AUGAUUCUAAACCUUUCUACUCCUUCACUUCAUCUCUCUUCUUUCAAACUCUAUCAAACUUGUUCCAAUCGCAUUUUCACCACUUCCACGCUUCACAAACCAUCCAAAUUCCCCAACCUCAAAGCUUCCGUUAGCCAAAACGAAACCUCCAACUCCAACAACCUAUUGGAUCAACAGCUUCUUCAUCGAAUCGCAGCCACCGCCAAAGACGCCGACGAUGCAUUGCACUUAAUCUCCGAUUACUGUUCCACUAACUCCGGCGUCGUCUCUACCUCGGAUUGUUGCUCUAUUAUUUCCGCCUCCCUUGAUAGGAAUAAUCAUCAACUUGCUUUGUCCGUUUUCUACUCCAUGCGCUCCACUUUUCAUCAAGUUGAUGAGAAUGGUCCUUUAGUUGAGAGAUGGAAGUGGUCGAGGCCAAAUGCACGUGUUUAUACAAUGUUGAUUCAGGGUUUGGCUGCAUCUUUGAGGGUUUCAGAUGCUCUUAGUGUGGUUAAGUAUAUAUGUGAGGUGGGCGUGUCUCCUUCUGAAGAGGUCCCCUUUGGAAAGAUAGUGAGGUGUCCUAGUUGUCGGAUAGCUGUUGCAGUUGCACAGCCACAGCAAGGUAUUCAGAUAGUAUCUUGUGCAAAGUGUCGCUACCAAUAUGAACUUGUUUCAGGAAACAUAGUCAGUAUUCAAUCAGAAGAAAUCGGCAUGGACAUUACAGCAUGGGAAAAGGGGUUAAGAUUCCUGAAACUGAUGAAGCAGAGCAUUCCUUCUGCUGUUCAUUCUAUUGUGGUGGAGACCCCUUCAGGUAUGGCUCGUACCCACAGAUUUGCAACUGAGACAGUUGAUCUACCGGCACAAGAAGGCGAAAGGGUUACUGUUGCUGUGGCAGCUCCAUCAAAUGUAUAUAGAAAUCUAGGCCCGUUUAAAUUAAGUUCAAGGGCACCGAAUUUCUACCCUGGUGAGGCUAUGUGCAUAACAAACCACAAAGAUGGACGGGAAUCACGUCUUAUACGAGCCCCUAGAAAAGAUGAAAAUUCAUCAUUACUUAAACCCUCCAUCCUCUUUCCACUUCUUGCUUUGUUCGCCACCGGAGAUGCUGCCUCUGGAUUUAUUGACCCCAGUCUGCCUCAAUUCCUAUCAGUUGUUGCAGUUUCAUCUCUUGCUGUCGGCUCUGCUUUGAAUUCCUUUGUUAUCCCCCAGCUUAAUCAGCUUCCGCAAAGAUCAGUGGAAGUAGUUGCUAUCAAACAACGUCUUUUAUCUCAAUAUGACGUGAUUCAGUCUCGCAUCAAUGGCCUAAAAGAAGCUGCUGAAAAAGAGGUUUGGAUGUUAGCCCGGAUGUGCCAACUUGAAAAUAAAAUUUCUGCUGUUGGAGAACCUUCAUAUCGGACUCGAAUAAGUAAAGUCAAAAGGAUCCGAGAGAGCUUGCAGAACUCCCUCUGGGGACGAAUUGAAUUGAUUGCUAGCUUUGCUAAGAUUUCCUCAAUGAUUGAAAUUGAAGUGGAGAUGGAAACUGAUGUUCUUGCUGCUGAAACUUCUAGUGAUGUGGAUGGUUUCACAGAACAGAUAGAGCAAAUCAUGGAGCUUGAAAAUUUAGAAGAGAGAUGGAAAAUGCAAGCAGAAGCAAAUGACGAGGCCGAAAGACUUCUUAGCUCCCAGCCCCUGCCCUUGGAUGAAGUUUAA